CCUGACAGAAUUACUGUCACACCUGUGGUUCAAGUGGUCACACAACCAUUCAUUGAUGAGAUUCCAGUCUCCGGAGACGAGCAGACGGUAGACUCUCCUGUGAAGGAAUAUACUAUGCCUGUAGAUGAAAUGAGAGCAGGAUCUCCCGAGGAGGAGGCUGUAGUACCUUAUGAAGAGAGGGCAGAAUCUCCUGAGAAGGAGGCUGAAAUACCUGUUGAGGAAGAGAGGGCAGAAUCUCCUGAGAAGGUUCUAGUACCUGAAGAGGAGAAGUUGGUUGAAUCUCCUGAGAAGGAGAUUGUACUAGCUGAACAAGAAGAGAGACCAGAAUCUCCUGAGAAAGAGACUGUAGUACCUGUAGAGGAAGAGAGGGCAGAAUCUCAUAAGAAGGAGGCUGUCGUACCUAAAGAGGAAGAAGGGGUAGAAUCUCAUGAGAAGGAGGCUGUACCACCUAAAGAAGAGGAGUGGGUAGAAUCACCGGUGAGGAAGGAUGUAGUACAUAAAGAGAAGGAGAGGGCAGAAUUUCCUGACGAGGUUCUAAAGGCUGACGGUAAAGAGACUGCAGAAUCUUCGACAAGGGAAGCUAUAGUACCUGAACAGGAGGCGAGACCAGAAUCUCUUGAGGAGAGAGUAGCAGCUAAAGAAGAAGAGAGGGUGGAAUCUUCUGAGAAGGGGGUUGUAGUACCUGAAGAGGGACGAAGGGCAGAAUCUCCUGAAAUGGCGGCUGUGGUAGCUGAAGAGGAAGAGAGGAUAGAAAGGCCUGAGAAAGAUGUUGUAAUACCGGAAGUCGCAGGCGUCAGUAGUAUGGAAUCUCCUGCAAACAGGUCCUGAAGAGAAACCAAGAGCAAAAAUCUCCCCGAAGUGAGGAUGUAGCACCUGUAGAACAAGAGAGAGUAGAAAUCUCGGAGAGGAGGCUGUAGCAUCUUGUAGAGGAAAAGAGGGUAGAAUCAUUACAAACAACCAUAAAUGAGUCGCCUGAGCAAGAAGUGGUAAGGAUAGUAGUGAAGCUAAGGAGUUAGCCACGAGGAACCUGAAAUUUGGCAAUGAUCUGUGGUUAAAAUCUGUUGAGGGUCAGUUACUUGACAAAGGAGAUAAAGAACCUGAAAUUGAACAACAUGCAAAGAAGAACUUGUCGUUAUAAGUAAGCCAGAAAGUGAAGAAAGAGAUAGUGACAAAAAUGUUAGUGCAGAUGCUGGUGGUGAUGGAGGUAGGAAGGUAGUCCCCGAUGUAUUUCAGAAAUUAGAAUCGCCAGAGCAAGAGAAAAUAAAGUCAGAGCAGGACGCCAUGCACGUGCUGUGAAGAUGGCAAGGAGGAAACAGAUGGAUUCUGGGAUAAGUCAGUAG